AUGUCACUCAGACAGAUUAUCGAGUGGACUCCCUACCCAAAUGUCAUCGUCACGAUAGAGGAGCCUCUUCCGUCCAGCCACCCAACGACGCCUAAUGUCAAACAGGAGCCUGAUGUGAAACAAGAGGCUGGUGUGAAAAAAGAGCCUCAUGUGAAACAAGAGCCUGAUGUCAAGGAGGAGCCUCAUGUCAAGGAGGAGCCUGACAUCAAGCAGGAGCCUGACAUCAAGCAGGAGCCUGAUAUCAAACAAGAGCCUCAUGUCAAGGAGGAGCCUGAUGUCAAACAAGAGCCUGGUGUCAAACAAGAGCCUGGUGUCAAACAAGAGCCUGAUGCCAAGCAGAAAUCCAGAGCCGCGGAGAGCACCCUGCCCGCUCAGCAGUCAAGCAUGGGUCAACAAAGCAUCCGCCGCGAGUACCAAUUUGUCCGGGUUUGGAGAGACGAGGUGCCGGGACAACGGAAGCCGGGGCCAAACGAGGACGCAUCGAGAGAUUGGCCAUUUCCAAUCCCUCCCGGGGUAGUCUCUAUCUGUCCGCUGGCUGAUGGCACCUGGGAGCUGGCGGUCCUCACGAGUCACGUUGAGGACCUCGACUUGGUGAUCAACAAGAACCUCACGCUGGAAAAGAACUACAAUCCUCUGACACCAACGGGGGUUGAUCUGCAUUGGUGGUCGUAUAAUCACGCCACUAGGAUUCGGAGAAUCUUGUUGUACACACGAGUGAAGAUUGAGGGUGAAAAGCCCGGGUUACGUGGUGCGCUGUACCGUGGCCUGGGUGUGCAGUGUGGAGUGCCAGAUAUAAUGGUACUCACUCGGCAUGGCAGACCACUGUUGUUUUGA